CGUUUACUCCUCGUUAUAAUUAGAAAGAGAGGAACCUCGUCCAUCUCAGUCGUCAAGUAAAAAAAAAGACCAGCAAUAAAACUACAACCAGCCUGCUUUCUGUCACGUCAUGAACAGUCACGAACUUAAACGUAAUCUGAGGAAAUCAUGUGUUGAUAAGUGGUCAAACUAAAUAGUGUCAUUAGUGCUACGCAAUAUUUUUGGACGUGUUAUAUCGUUAGCCACUUGAAUACUUGUUCUUUAUUUUAUAAGAUAAAUAAAGGUGUUUACGAUUUAUUUGAAUUGUUGUGCAAAUUAAUAUAACCUCCAAAAUGUCAGACGGUACACAGGAUAUUCUGAAGGAUGCGACCACGGCCGCCGCGGCCGCCGCUGGUGGAUCGCUAUUCAGCACAUUCGAUAUUGUCAUGCUCGUUGUAUUGUUAGGAGCAGCAAUUUGGUGGUUAUACAGUUCAAGAAAAGAUAACAAGAAAGAUGAAAUAGUUCUUAGCAAAUAUUCAAUUCAGACAGCUGGAUCCAUACAAGUUACAGAAAAUUCAUUUAUUAAAAAAUUACAGUCGUCUGGAAGGAAAUUAGUCGUAUUCUAUGGAUCACAAACAGGCACCGGUGAAGAAUUCGCUGGCCGUCUCGCCAAAGAAGGUGCUCGAUAUAAGAUGAAGGGAAUGGUGGCUGACCCGGAAGAAUGUGAUAUGGAGGAACUCACAAAACUUCCUGACAUAGAAAGUUCAUUAGCUGUAUUCUGUAUGGCGACCUACGGUGAGGGCGAUCCCACGGACAAUGCCAUGGAGUUCUAUGAAUGGCUGAAAAACGGAGAUCCCAAUCUAACUGGAUUGAAUUACGCCGUAUUUGGUCUUGGUAACAAAACAUAUGAACACUACAAUGCUGUAGCAAUCUAUUUGGAUAAACGUCUUGAAGAACUUGGUGCUAGCAGAGUAUAUGAACUUGGAUUAGGAGAUGAUGAUGCAAAUAUUGAAGAUGAUUUUAUUACAUGGAAAGAUAAGUUCUGGCCAUCAGUAUGUGAGAAAUUUAAUAUUGAAAGCACAGGCGAGGAAGAGCUCACGCGUCAGUUCCGUCUGGUCACUCAUGCGCCUGAUGAAAUUCCAACAAAUAACAUUUUUACUGGCGAAAUUGCCAGACUACACUCACUACAGGUUCAAAGGCCACCAUAUGAUGCUAAGAAUCCCUUCCUUGCACAAAUCAAGGUCAAUAGAGAAUUACAUAAAGCUGGUGAUAGAUCAUGUUUACAUGUGGAAUUCGAUAUUUCUGACUCAAAGAUGAGAUAUGAAGCAGGUGACCAUGUGGCUGUUUAUCCUAUAAAUGAUUCGACACUAGUUGAGCGUAUUGGAGAGUUAACUAAUUCAGAUCUGAAUGAGAUAUUCUCACUUAUUAAUACUGAUCAGGAAAGCAGUAAAAAGAAUCCAUUCCCAUGCCCUACAUCCUAUCGUACGGCCCUCUCCCACUACUUGGAGAUCACGGCGUUGCCCCGUACGCACAUCAUGAGAGAGCUCGCGGAGUAUUGUUCAGAUGAAGAAGAUAAGAAAAAGUUACUUCUCAUGGCUACAAAUUCACAAGAAGGAAAGGCUUUGUACCAAUCAUUUGUAGUGGAUGCUUGUAGGAAUAUUGCACAUAUUUUGGAAGACAUUAAAUCAUGUAAACCACCUCUGGAUCAUAUUUGUGAGCUCCUACCACGCCUCCAGCCAAGAUUCUAUUCCAUAUCAUCGAGUCCAAAGUUGCAUCCUGAAACUGUCCACGUAACUGCGGUCGUGGUAGAAUAUAAGACGCUGACAGGCCGCAUCAACAAGGGGGUCGCUACCACAUGGCUAGCCCAGCAUAAACCAGAGGACGGUAAACCAUUACCUCGUGUGCCAAUUUAUAUAAGGAAAUCUCAAUUUAGAUUGCCGCUGCAGCCUCAGACGCCGAUUAUAAUGGUCGGCCCAGGCACAGGAUUUGCUCCAUUCCGAGGAUUCUUGCAAGAACGUGCCCAUGCACGUGCAAAUGGGAAGGAAGUUGGAGAUAAUAUUCUUUACUUUGGGUGCCGGCAUCGUGAUCAAGACUACAUCUAUCAAGAGGAACUUGAGCAAUAUGAAACAAAUGGCGACGUUAAACUGAACUUGGCGUUUUCAAGAGAUCAAGCACAGAAAGUAUAUGUGACUCAUCUGCUGGAAAAGAACAUAGACCAGAUUUGGGAUAUAAUUGGUAAUCGUAAUGGACACUUUUACGUUUGUGGUGAUGCAAAAAAUAUGGCUGUGGAUGUACGAAAUAUACUUUUGAAAGCAGUCCAGGAGAAAGGUGGUCGUACAGAAGCAGAAGCUAUUCAGUUCCUGAAAAAACUGGAUUCAAUGAAGAAAUAUUCAUCAGAUGUAUGGAGUUAAUUUUUUUAUAGCAAAUUUUUGAUAUUGAUAGGCAAUUGUUCAAUUUAUUUUACGUAAUAUAUGACCUGAUAUAAUUUCGUAAAAAAUAACCAUAUUGUGAGUAUACAUAAGUAUUGGAGUUUUGCAAUACUAUAGUAAAUAAGCUGAACAAAUUUGUUACAUAUACAAUAUUUAUAUGAUCUAUAGAAAAGUGAUACAAAUAAUAGAAAAUUAAUAAAAGACAAACAUCUAACAAUAUCUAUAACUGAAGAAUACAGAUCAGGUUCUUUGAAAGCCACUGUGUUUAAAUGGCUCACAGUGCUUAGUAUAGAAUCGAUCCUCGAUUAGUAGUAAUUAACUAAACGAGGAUCGAUUCUACAAUACAAGGUAACAGAAUAAUAAAUGUUAUUCAAAACGGUUUAAUUCACCGGUUUCGUUGGUCAUAACAAAUAACGUCGAUGUGUUUGCAAUACAUUAAACCAACAAAUUGGAUACGUGUCUGAAACAAUAUUACUUUGUAUAAAACAUUAAAUUUUAAAAAUGGUUUCGAACCUGUAUGCAUUAAGAACCUUCUUUUUUACAUUAAGUUUAUAAUAAUAUAUCAUAUUGUUCUCUUCUUUUGUGGCCAGGGUAUCUAAAAAUAUUUCAAUUAUUGUAGUAAUAAAUUACCACUAUUUUGUAAUUGUUAGAAUUUAUAUUAUUUAGUGCGAAAUAACGGAUAACGUGACAAUUAUAAUCCUAUAAAGAAAUUUUGCAACAUCCACUUCUAUAAAAAAUUAAUUAAAUUGUGUAAUAAAUUAUUGGUUUGUUUUUUAUUUAUAUGAACAAUUAUUUCUUUCCUUUAUUAAAAUUGUUAAGUUGUUAUAUUUAUUUGUUGUAAAUUUAAUUUUAUGGAGUAUAAAAAUAUUGUUUUAGAAUCUGCAAUGGCAUAAACUCGUAGUUUCUGCAUAAGUACAAGGUGCAAUACAUAAAUGCAUUGACUUAAAUACAAUCGUAACAAUCGUUUGUUACGAUUGUAUUUAAGUGUGGAAAAUGAAUUUAAUAAUGUUUUUGACAAAAUAUGAAUGAUGUUGUUUAAGGAACAAAUGUAAAAUUUUUAUGAAUGAACUGUUAUUGUU